AAUGAAGAAAACAGAGAAAGAAAGGAAAGAACAAAAAAAACAUCAAAGAAAUAUAAGAAGAAGAAGAAGAAGAAAAUUGCAAAGCAAAUUCAAGAGAUUAUUAUGAAAAGCAAAACCCAAAUGGGAGAAGUGAUAAUAUAUGUUGAUGAUUAUGAAUUCUUCUCUACUUCAACGUAUUUAUGUAGAAUUUGCCAUGAUGAAGAAUUUGAAAGCUGUAAAAAUUUAGAAGCUCCAUGUGCAUGUUCUGGAACUGUCAAGUAUGCGCACAGGGAUUGUAUUCAAAGAUGGUGCAAUGAAAAAGGGAACACAAUCUGUGAAAUUUGUUUACAGAAUUUUGAACCUGGAUACACGGCUCCACCUCCUAAGAAGAAGGCCCACUUGGUUGACAGUACAGCUGCAAUUAUUAGAGGAAAUGUAGAAGCAAAUAUAGAAAAUGGAAGGGAAAGAGUGGAGUCAGAUUCAGAAGAAGGAAUAGAAAUGUUGGUGAGAAGUCAGUAUUUUGAAUGCUCACAAGCAGCGGAUAGAAGCGCCUCUUGUUGUCGAACUAUUGCUCUCAUCUUCACAAUUCUGCUUAUGAUGAGACAUACGUUAGAGGUGCUCAAUGGAGGAGCCAGGAAUUACCCCUUUACACUUCCAACACUGCUAAUUAUAAGAUCCACUGGAAUACUCUUGCCCAUGUACAUUAUACUCCUGUUAAUCACAAGGAUUCAGAUUAUCAUUAGACAUCAGUAUUUGGAUUCAGAAGACAGACUAUCCAACUCUGACCAAGACAACUAGUACAAGUGUCCAAUUGCAUAUUCUUUUCAUUAACAGUGUAAUUUGUAUUUCUAAGCAUCAUCCUGAUGCUUAUCUAAUUGGUUUUUCCCCAUACACGUGGGGUAAUUAAAGUUUCAGGACAGAUUCCUUGGCAGUUACAUCAUUAUUAAUACAAUUACAUUGCUUCUUUUAACAAACAA